AAAUUUAUCCGUUCCUUGAAUCGGAACCAAAGAGUGCGCGUUUAUGGUCCGCCAGUUUACCGCAUCACAAUGGGGAUCAUUCUUUAAACGGCUUGUCCCGAAAAAUCACGACAACAACAACGAACAAAUGAUCUGCGAGGAAAAAUGGUGCCAAUAAAAGCUUGACAAGUAUAAUGGGCUUGGUGGCAAUCACAUGGCCAAAUUAUAUAAGAAAGCGUCUUCCACUAACAAUAAGGUUUCUUCAUACCAUGAAAGGUCACCAGUUAGGACAAAUUUUACUAUCUCCUCCUCUUCCAUCUCUGGAUCUUCCUGACAUCUGGAAUCCUAAUUCUUCAUGUCAGAGUAUUCCGACAACACAUAGUAGCUUUAAAGAACAGACUGCUGUAGUUCUUGAUGGAAAGUUGAUAUCAAUGGAAAUCAGAUCUAAAAUAGCUACUAAGGUAAGGCAAAUGAAGAAAUGCCUAGGAAAGGUUCCUGGAUUAGCGGUAAUUUUGGUGGGCCAGAGAAGGGAUUCUCAAAUUUAUGUUCGUAACAAGAUAAUGGCAUGUGAAGAAGUUGGAAUCAAGUCUUUGGUGACUGAAUUACCUGCUGAUUGUGCAGAAACGGAUGUUCAAAAUGCUGUCAUGAAAUUUAACAAGGAUCCAUCCGUCCACGGUAUUCUUGUGCAACUUCCUCUACCACAACAUCUAGAUGAGGAAAAAGUUCUUGACGCUGUAUCCCUGGAAAAAGAUGUGGAUGGUUUUCAUCCUCUUAAUAUGGGGAAUCUUGCCAUGAGAGGAAGGGAACCACUGUUUAUUCCGUGUACUCCGAAGGGUUGCAUCGAGUUAUUGAUCAGAUAUGGAGUUGAGAUUAUGGGGAAGAAAGCCGUAGUGAUUGGAAGAAGCAAUAUUGUUGGGUUGCCGGCAUCCUUGUUAUUGCAGAGACACCAUGCGACAGUCACUGUCGUACAUGCCUUCACAGAGAACCCUCAACAUAUCACCUCAGAAGCUGAUAUUGUAGUUUCAGCUGCUGGAGUGCCUAAAUUGGUCCGUGGGAACUGGAUAAAACCCGGUGCAACUGUGAUAGAUGUUGGAACAACACCGGUUGAGGAUCUUAGCUGCGAGGAUGGUUAUCGUCUCACAGGUGACGUGUGCUAUGAAGAAGCCAUAAAGGUGGCAUCCGUCAUCACUCCUGUGCCUGGUGGGGUUGGGCCAAUGACCGUUGCUAUGCUACUAUGUAACACAUUAGAUUCUGCAAAACGCAUGCUCAAUUUUACGUGACCUCUGCCCUAUUUUGAUGCUACAAUACUUCACUCGGUCAUUCUUUAUGCGAAUUGUGUUGAGAAACGAGAUAAAUUUCAAGUAAUGCGUACUAUGGUCGAUGGUGUAACUUCUUCCAUGUGAAUUUUAUUUUAAGCCUUGGGUUGUACUAUUGCAAGAUAGAUGUUUUAUAUUUUAGGCAAAUUAAUUUUCCUGCUUCACUUCUAC